AUGUCUUCAUCACCUAUUUCAAAGGCAUGCAAUACACUUCAUCAAGGGGAGACAAUGUCCCAAGUCCAUCGCACUCGCAAUAUCUUUUACGCUAAAUCGAUAGACGCCGCCGAAAACCAUAUACUAUGGAAGCUUGCUACCUUGUCAGAGGACUUUGAAUUAGGGAUACCCAGUAACUUUUACUCCACCGCGCGGUUCCAGGAGUUCCUUGACCUAGCACAAGAACGAAAUCAGAUUCUCCGCUACGCUUACUUUCCCAACGACUGCCGACUCCAGAUAAUACCUAUGGGGAGUCCUGUCCAUCAAGCUCUCUGCUGGGUCUUGGAAAAGAAUCUACGGGAUUUCCAGUCUGAAGGAUCCAGUUCGAACAAAGUGCUCAAGAAUCUCAAUAUCGGCACGGGCUCGCUGCCCAUUGCAAGUUCUCGUGUUGAUCAUUUUGCUCGAAGAAAGACUCCAGCUCGAAAGAAGACUCCUGAUCUAGUGAUCUCAUUCCUAAGCCCCCGUGGGAUCAAGUUCCAAUUCACUGUUGUACUUGAGGUCGGUUUUACGGAGACACACGAAGAUCUUCUCGGUGAUGCAUUCGAUUGGCUUACGAAAAUUGAAGAUGUCAAUCUUGUUGUUAUUGUCGACAUCAAAGAGGACAGAAAAGCCCUUCAAGAUGUAAAACACACCACAGCGUUCCAGAAUAGAGCCCGAAAAUUGGUAGACCAAUUCGGUAAUGAACAGGCGCGAGCUCGUGAUGGUAGUAUUGAUGAUACUGAUGGCGAGGUUACCAACGAUAGGGGCGACGGGAACGAUGACCCAAGCAGUAUACUGUCCGACACAGCAACAGAUGACCUGAUUAAAGAACUUGAGACCGAAAUUGACGUCGAUGAUUGGAUUGGACCCUUAUCUGCAAGACUAGAAUUCUGGGAACUAAAAGACGAGACACUUCAACAACGCGGUGAAAGUUUUGUAAGCCUGAUUCACUUCUUCUCCGUCUACCAUAUGCUUACUUUGUCUCGAUUACAGGAUAUUCUUCCCAGACCAAGGAAACCUGUACAGCCAGUCAUUCCCAUUCUCGAUAUGGUACCAAAAGACCAACGCAAAAAGUUUACGAAGUACGACUUAUCACAGGUGGCAAGAAUUGAUAUGAAACAAGCUCGACAUCGAUUGCUCGCUGGAAGAAGAAUGCUCGCACUUGAAAGAGCCAGGGAAUACAUUCGUCCAGACCUGCAAGAUGCUGAUCCGGACUUCGUACCUUGA